AUGGCCCAAAACAAUAACGUGCCCAAGCACGGAAUUUUGUCCAGUGCGCCACGGAAUACACCAAUAGAGUGUUGUGGCAAUUGUAAUACCGGUGCCGUUGGCUUGCACCGGCCCACUGAUCAGGCCUGCCCAGGUGGUGCGACUGUUGUGUGCCGCCUUGACCUCUUGUUUCGCCAAGCACGCGGCAUCUACGCCGGUGCUGAGCUUUCCAUUCCUGCUGUUAAGCCUCUUUUGGCCGACUGGGCCUGCGGACGAGUGCAUACUGACCUGCAGGGGUUAGCACCUGGUCAAUAUACCGGUGCUGCAGCGCAGCUCUGUUUCUUGUACUGCCGUACUGUUCCGGGUGGUUGGGCUGCGUGCCCCCGCCACAAAUACUGUUCCAUUGCACCUGGAAAUCAUUCCGGUCUGCAAGCUUUCCUUUCCCAUGGUGAGUUUGGAGACUUCGGUCUCCUUGCUUGCCCUUUCCUGUCGAGUGCCCGGGGCGUUUUCAGCUGGCCCCACCGGCCCAACAUGCCACUGUGCUGGCCACCAUUGAUAUGGAUCAGCGUGCCACGGUGGCGCCCUCGUGCUCUGUGUGGCUGUCGCAUCGGAGAGGCAGCUAAUCCUGGCCCUGCGAGCCAGACUAAGAUUUCAGCCUAUUUCGGUUCGGAUCCGAAGGCUGCGCCUACUGAUACGGCCUCAGCCCAGGAUACCUGUGUUGUGGCCGUUGUCAACCCAACCAGUGUUCUGCAUAAAGUGCCUGCGUUCCUUGAAAUCGGUGCGGAUGUUCUUGCCGUGGCCGAGACCUCUGCGGUUGAGCAAACACAACGGGUGACCAGCAAGGUACUCGCCCACCAUCAAUACCGCGCCCACUGGGGCCGUGCGGUUGCUAGUCACACCAGGGAGGGCGAAACGAAACCGAGUUUGCGGGGGCUCGCCGCCGGCGUUGCCCUGUUCUCCCGACUCCCCUCCCGGGCUUCGCGACCUGCUUUGCCUGAGCCUGCAGCAGAAACCUGCCGCCUGUGUGAGGCUUUCGUCCGGUUUGGAGUGCUGGAGGUGCGCAUGCUCACCAUCUAUUGUUGGCCGCUCUCCCAGCUUGAUGCGAUGGAGCGCAAUGAGCAUCUGCUCUCCUUGGCCUUGGCCCGCGCUACCUCCUCGGCUGUCCCGUGCAUUGUCGCUGGCGAUUUCAAUCAAGAUGUGCUGCAGCUUCCGUCGGGGCAAACCUUUGCAAGGUUGGGAUACAAGGAUGUCUUUACAUCCGGCCCUCCUUCACUUGUGGGUUUCCGCCUGGGUCGUCAGCGACCGGGGUCACCAUGCAAGAGGGACUUUGAGGAUGCAUUCCGACCGUUGUCCCAGCCCCUGCUGAAAAGCGCAAAGCAGUGCGCAUCAGUGGAUGACGUUGCGACUGCCCUGUUGCAGUUUUCUGCUGCCUGUGAGCAAGCUGUCGACUCUGCAUUGCGUGUCAAGAAUCAGCGGGACCCAGUCCGCCAUCCCAUCACACACCUUACCAAGGCGUACCGUGGCCGGUGUGUUGCCCGACAAGCCAUCAAACGAGAGCUCCCUUGCCUUGUGCGGCCGGACCGCCAUGGCGGCUAUACACCAAAUGAGGAGGUUACUUCGGUCCUGGGUCGCUUAAAGGUCCGACAGGUUCGCCGGGUUGCAACCCUACACAGGGGCCUUUCAAAGUUCCACCGUGACCGGGCGUCCUCCCCGGCAUUGCAGGCCCAGCUUGAGCGUGAGUGGAAGGCCAUUGACCGUGUCAAGGGGUACCCCCCGACUUUUGCGGGCUGGGUGCUUGGAAUUGCUUCGUUCACUUCAUACCCGGUUGGCCUUCCCUCGCUUGAUUGGUUGGGUGAUCUGCUCCAAUACUUGAAGUUCGAUUGCGAUGGCUUGGUCCGCCAGCAAGCUGCCACACGCAAAGCCAAUUUCCAGUACCGGGUGCAGCUUGACUGCCAAGAGGGCUCCUCGCGUGCAGGUUUCAAGGCUGUCCGCCCACCGGCGCCGCCCCCUUUCUUGGAGGUGCCGUGUACAAAAACUGUGCUGGCCCGCAGGGAGCCCGAUGCCGCGUCAGAUGAGGGUUCCACGUUUUGGUUUCAGCUGGACACGGCCCGCCAGCUUCGCGUACCUGGGCCGGCUCUCCUCGAUGAAGUGCCGUGCCAGCUUCUUGAAGGUGGCAAGGGCGCCGUCAAAAUCGCUGGCCGCGACCUUCCCCAGAGUGGCCAGUUACACCAGGCGUAUGUCGCCACCACAGUCGAUGAGUUGCAUGAGGCCUUUGCCGACUUUUGGGGGCCCCUUUGGCAGCGCGACAAAGGUGCAUCCAGCUCCUCGCUGGACCAGUGGCCCGAAAUCCAGCGACGACUACUCGCAGAUUCUUUGCCACUGCCUCCUCUGCAUGUGCGCUCCUUCGCGCCAGAACUGUGGCAACAGGCGAUCAAGCGAAUGUCCAGCCGUAAGGCUACUGGCAUCUGUGGGUGGGCACCCGCCGACCUCAAGAUGCUUUCCUGCCAGGCUAUUGAGGUGCUGAAUCACAUUUUCCACCAAGCGGUCACUUGCGGGCUCCCACCUGAUAUGCUCCUUGCGCGGGUUGCUGUCCUCGCCAAGACAGACUGCCCUGAGACCAUGCGCCAGAGCAGACCAAUCACCAUCUUCAGUGUGCUCUACAGAGUGUGGUCGUCGGUACUGACACGCCAGGUUCUGCACCAAUGGGCAGCUUUCUUCCCCGCCUCUGUGUCUGGCUCCAUGCCCGGCAGGUCUUGCCGUGACACAAGCUACCGCCAGCAACACCGGAUCGAGUGCUCCUUGCUUAGUGGUUCCACAUUGCUGGGCGGAUCCAUUGACAUUGUGAAGUGCUUCAAUCAGUUGGCCUGGCCUGUUGUUGCGGCUCUCCUUUGCCGGUUGGGACUCCCGGAGCCGGAGGUGCAUUUUUGGAUUAACUGCAUCAGGAAGCAUAGAAGAUGUUCUGUGUUCUACGGCUCUGUGUCUGCCGGCAUUGAGUCGUACAAUGGUGCACCAGAAGGCGACCCCUUCAGUGUCGCGGCCAUGGCCGCAGUGUGCUUCUGGGCUGAUCGAUGGUGUAGGCACGAAUCGGUUGCCUUUGAGAGCUACGUUGACAAUUGGUCAUGGUCAGCGUCGACACGGGCUGGGCUGAGUCACGCCCUACCAUGCGCUGUCCACCCGAUUGAUGUGGGCAAGUCCUACCUGUGGGCCACGCAACGGACCGACCGGGUCUGGCUCCGAAACAAUCUUGCUGGUUUGUUCCCCGGCCUUCCCCCGCCUGGUUUAGUCACUGAGGUUAGGGACUUGGGGGUUGCGUUUAAGUUUGAUGCUUGUGCGCACGCCACCAGCCGUAAUCACCGCAUCACUGACGGCCACCAGAGACUUGCCAGACUGCAGCAGCAGCCACGUCCGGCGCUAAACAAGGCGUACAUCGUGCAGGCUUCUGUGUGGCCGGCGUGCCUGUUCGGCUCGGAAGGCAAUGUCCACACUGUGGCGGAGUUCCAGAAGUUGAGAGGCGCUGCGGCCCGUGCCAUUGUGGGCUCCUACAAGGUGCUAUCGCCGCACUUGACGUUUGCUGCCCUUGCGUGCAAGGCCAUGGACCCAGAGUUGUACUGCUUGUACCAGAAGCUUGCGGCUUUUCGCCGAUGUUGCAUGCUGGAGCCGGACACCGCCCUUAGCGUUCUGCAAGUUGCGUUGGCCCAUGGCACCUCACGUGUGCACGGGCCGGCCACUGCCCUCAGGGUUGCCUUGAACAGGGUUGGGCUCACGCUGACUGAUGAUGCUUGUCUUAAAGGGCUGGACAACACGAGGGUGUCCCUGAGUCAGUGUAGCACUUCGGCUCUCCGGGAUUUGCUCUUGCGUAGCUGGGCUAUUGUGGCCAAUGACAACACUCGGCACCGAAAUGGACUCCAGCAGAUGGCGCCCAUCCUGUCCACGAUCACUGUGAGUUUGCUGGAGGGCCAAGGCGCUGGUGCGCAGGCCGUCCUACUGCGCCAUGUCACAGGCUCCUUCUCCUCUGAGGCGGCCAAGGCUCUUUGGGAUGCUGAGAGUUCCGGCGCGUGUCCACUUUGUGGCGCGAAGCAAACUAAGGAACAUAAGAUCUUGCACUGCCCGGCGCUAGCGGACGUUCGUGCUGCUUGGCUCCCGUAUCUCGAUACUGCCUUUCGAUUGUGGCCAGAAUGGAUACAUUGCCCCGCCGCCACUUACCCAAAGGACCUGGAGGUUCCCCAGCUCGUUUUCCACACGCGAAGCUUGCCGCUGCCGCGAGUUGACUUCAGCAGAUGGCCUGUUCCAGGCGAACGAGGCUUCCUCCGCCUCUUCACUGAUGGGUCGUGCAGCCAUCCGGAUCUACCUCUGGCCUCUCGAGCGAGCUUUGCGGUCGUCCUGGAUACGACCUCUACGGAUACCGAGAUACCUGAGAUCCUGGCUGAUUGGAGGCGUACACAACGGGCCCCGCACCAGCUGGCCGUGAUCUGCCAGGGUUUAGUCCCCGGAGCUCAAUCUAUUAACAGAGCCGAGCUCUGUGCUGUGAUUCAGGCGCUGAGGGCUGCUCAGCACUCUGGUUUCGAGGAUGUUGAGAUUUGGACGGACAGCCAGUAUGCUAUCACAUGUUGGCAGGCGGCGGCUGAAGGCCGUGUUGGAGGCCACCCCGACCUUUCCUUCUGGCUACUGCGUUUGUACCGCCCUUCGGUGCGACUCUGCAAGAUUGCUUCACACCAAAGACUGGAGGACCUCUGGGGCAUCCCGUGCUGGCUUGCAGCCGGCAACGACACCGCGGAUGUUGCGGCGAAGGCGGCGCUCCAGGAUGAGUACCAGUUUGUUGUCGAAGGAUUGGACUCCGCUGCAGGGCAGCUUAGAGAACAGCGUGAUCUUUUGCGACUGGUGUGGAAAUAUUUGCUGCAAUUGUCGGACACUGAGAAUACACGGAUCAAGAAACUUCGCCAGCAGGAGGCUGUGGCGCUCAAUCAGGCCGUCCCGCUGGAACGCACCGGCUCCUUGACCAAAUGGUUGGCGUUGAACGAGGGUCUGUUCGUGACGUGGGAGCUCCCGCCCCCGUCACGAGAGACUCUCCUUGCCUGUUCCUGGCCACCAUGGUACACAUUGCCCAUCUGGUCUUGGGCGCGUCGCCUCGAGUGGCGUGCCACCGAACCAGUUAACAGAUGUGUUCCCGGUGUCUCCUAUCUUGAGCUCCUUGUUGACUUCGUGCUCACUACAGGUGUUUUGCCACCGGACCAACUUGCUGCAGCUGGCCGCGACGAACGGGCGCCACGACAGUGGCACCGUACUUUCUCCGUGCGUACAUUGGUGCACAAUCUGGUUGAAGCGGUUGGUCAACUUGAACGACUUUCUGGUCAUCAGUUGUGGGGCAGUCGACGGAAGAAGGUUUUUUCGCUGCGAACCUUGCAAGUUGAACAUCCCCGCCAUGGUCUUUUACACCGUCCUCACCUACACCAGGCUGAGGAGGUUGGCCGGGUGCUGUGCGAGACUCUGCAUCACGAUACAGUGGAAGUACUGCAGCGGCAGGUUCGAGAGUACACUGGCCCAGUGUUUCACGACGCGGAGCUCCAGAAGACCUGGUCCUCCCUUACGCGCGCUAAUCGAGCGGCAAAGAAGACGAAGACGCAGGAGGCUGCCAAAAAGAGGGAGGAGGCGGAAAAGGCCUCGGCCCUGAAACGGCUGCAGAGCCACUGCCUGCGGUCGCGGCCGACUUCAUAG